AUGAAAGGGCUGGUUCAGAGGUUUCUCCAGGACAAACAGCUAACUAAUACUUCUGCGGGGGAUGUCAUACUGCAACAGUUUGACAGUCUCCUGUCCUUGGAGAGCCGGAGUGAGGACUUCCUCUACUUUGCUCCCAUGCAGAAGAGGCUGGACAUCUUCCUGAGCAGUGCCAUGGAGCCUUAUCCAGAGCUGUGGGCCUUCUGCAAGAAGCUGCUCAUCCUCUCCCACGGCCAAGCUACUGUUGAACGUGGAUUCUCCAUCAAUAAAGAGGUGGAGUCAGAUAAUUUGCAUGAGGACACUGUGGUCACACGGAGGCUGGUGUGUGACUACAUUAUACAACAUGGAGGUGUUACCAAGGUUCCACUCAGUAAACCACUACUGACAAGUGUAGCAAGAGCAAGGACAAGGUAUCGUAUCCACCUUGAGAACGAAAGAAAGAAGAGGGAGGCAAAAGACCAGGCUCUCAAGAGGAAGGAGGCAGAGGACUGUCUGCAGGAGCUGAAGGUGAAGAGGAUACGCGUAAAGGAGGUAUCUGAGGGUCUGGCUAGGGAUGCGGACAGGCUGGCUGAGCAGGCUGAAGCAAAGGCAGGGAGCAAAAUGGCUGACCUGAUCUCCAGGUCCAACCUCCUGCGGAGAGGCCAUAAGGAGAAGUUGGCAGAACUGGCUCUCCUUGAUAAAGAGAUCGCUGCUAAAAGUGAAGAGCUUAGGAGUUGACUUUGAUCUUUAUUUUAUUUAUUGUGGAGUUGAUUUUCUUUGUUUGUUGUUCUGGAGUCUCUCUACUCCCCAUAUUCCCAGCAUGGAAUAAGCUAGCUAAUAAAUAGAUUUGUCACACCUCUGUUUGACUUGUUGUCUGUGGUCUGUGCUGUGAUGCUGUGGUGUUGUACUCACUAUUCACUACUG